CUUCUGAAGCGGCGGAUCCUCGAAGAUACGCCGCGUCAGCAUCAGAAAAGGCCUCCCCAGCUCGCGUACUUCACAGCUCCCGUCUACAGUUCGUGUCUGCCUACCGCUAGCUGCGCAGCAGCUCAAUAGCGCUCUGCCGGCAGACGUAACCGGAUCUCGCGAGAACAGCGGCGUGGCUGGCUGGCAGUAGGUUUGCUUACGGGAGGCAGAGAGAGAGAAGGCAGGCAGGCGGGCAGGACGCAUCAUGGCGGACAGAGACAGUGGAAGUGAGCAGGGAGGAGCGGUCACAGGCCUGGGCGCCGGUUCCUUACACCCAGUGACCGGAGGGGCGGGUGCGGCUUCCGGACUGCAGCAUGAGACCCAGGAGCUCGCCUCGAAACGGGUUGACAUCCAGAACAAACGUUUCUACCUGGAUGUUAAGCAGAAUGCAAAGGGCCGCUUCCUGAAGAUAGCCGAGGUUGGGGCCGGAGGAAAUAAGAGCCGCCUCACUCUCUCCAUGUCCGUAGCUGUGGAAUUCCGAGAUUACCUGGGAGACUUCAUCGAACAUUAUGCCCAGUUAGGGCCUAGUAAUCCGGACAUAGUGCAGGACGAGCCCCGGCGAGCGCUAAAGAGCGAGUUUCUGGUGAGAGAGAAUCGGAAGUACUACAUGGAUCUGAAAGAGAACCAGAGAGGGCGGUUUUUGAGGAUUCGGCAGACGGUAAACCGGGGGCCCGGACUGGGAUCCACGCAAGGCCAAACUAUCGCUCUUCCUGCACAGGGACUUAUUGAGUUUCGCGAUGCUUUGGCGAAACUAAUCGACGACUACGGAGUGGAGGACGAACCUGCCGAGUUACCGGAGGGCACCUCAUUAACUGUAGACAACAAGCGGUUCUUCUUCGACGUAGGCUCGAAUAAGUACGGGGUCUUCAUGAGGGUCAGCGAAGUGAAACCGACGUAUCGUAACUCCAUCACGGUACCGUACAAAGUCUGGUCCAAAUUCGGGAGUACCUUCUGCAAAUACGCGGAGGAUAUGAAAAAGAUCCAAGAUAGACAGAGAGAGAGAAGGGUGUGCGAUCUGCAGGAGGAAGUGCACGGCGACGACGGGGAGGAGGAUUGAUAACUGCAGAGGAAAUCGUGCAAAAAGUUAUAAUUAAAAACGUUACUGUAAACCGAAAGAAACGUAGAAUUAAACUGUUAACUGUUUAACUCCAAGGGAGCGCCACCUACGAAACCCUACGAACUGACAGUUAAGACUUGAUGUCACUCAUCGCUGGAUGUUUACCCACUUACCCACCAUUAAACAGUAAGCAGCUGCUAAACAGAGUAAUAACAUUAUAUAUGAACUAUUUCCUACUUGAUUAAAAUUAUAAAGAAAGGAGCGUUUAUUUCCCUAAUUAACCAAGAACUUUUAUACACGUUCGAGCUAUUAAAAUUGGUGCAAUGUUCAAAUUGAAAUAUUGCCGAAAUGUAUGAGGAGUAAGUCCUUUCGUGUGAGCUAAUAUUCGAAAUCAGCACAAAGAAGAUAUUUUGGAACACCUUUUCUAACCAAAACGUUAAACCUUUUUGAAAGAGGUUACCAGUAUACUUGCCACCCCUUUUACCUGUGAGUAGAUGUGUAUAUACUAUAUAUAUAUAUAUAUAUAUAUAUAUAUGAGGGCUAGGCAUGUUGUCGGAGUUUUAUUUAAAUGUUAUGCAGCCGUUCGUAGAGUUCAAAGUAAAUAGAUCAAUGACAGAAGUGCUCUGUAUUACAGUAUGCAUAGCUUCAGAAUCCCACAGGUAUUCAACUGGUCAGUAAAUCUUAUAUAUCGAAAUUGAUACAUUUAAACUUUAAACCUCCGGCUUUUAAAAUAAUUUAUCCAUUUUAUUGGGUUUUGUUUGCCUUUAUUUUAAAUGAAAAUGUCAGAGUACGAGGGGUGUUUGUCAGCUCGUCAUGCACUGUGUAUAAACGUGUUUGUUGUUUUGAUACGCAAGUCAGUGACAGCAUGCAGGAAUGGCCGGGCCUAAUGAACCACCACCUACGCUUUGUUGCUAUAAUUAUGAAAAUUAUAACUAUUAUUGUCCACGUUGAACCCUGUAAGAUAUGGUCCACUGAAAUUCUGAGCAAACUUUUAAAAAAAAGAAGAAAAAAAUGUAAUUACAUGAUUUUGUGAAUCAGAUUUAAACCCUCGCGAAAUACUCACGUUUUCUGUGGGAAUUUUUAAAAAGCGUGAAACGCAACGACACAAUUUAGGUCCUAUAACGAGAGAUAGAAAGUGAAGACAGCACUGAGAACGCACAGGCAGUGUGUGAGCUGUACGGAUCAUCCUCUACAACGACCUGGUGCCUUAUACACUUAGCACGUUUACAUGCUGGUUUGACGAUUUGGGUUGCUGUUUGUUUUUUGUUUGGGUACUACUUCGUUCGCCACCCGCACAACUUGGGGCGGACGGUGUUUACUGGAUGUUUAAAAAAAAAAAAACCCAAAGAAAGACAAGCUUUUGUUAUGUUUUGUUUUAUUUAGGUUUUUUUAAUCUUUCACCCCCACCUUCCCAUGAAAAGCAGUAAAAUAAUUUCCCAGUUCUUAUGCUUAAAUAUAUAACAUUAACAAAAACGCGAUUGAAGGCCUAGCCUUCAGGCACGGUGUGAGCAAGGGGUGCAAGUAUGCAGUGGACGUUAACGCAGAGAAAUUAACGUUUAUAUAGCCUUCGGUGUUGUUUCCUGUAUAUAGACCAGUGGCUAGGGCAGUAUAUACAUUUUGUAAAGUCGCUAAAGAUCUCAAUAGGGUAAUUAAUUACCAUGUUUCACUGUAAUUUAAAGUUUGUUUUUAUUUAACCCCUUCCCACCCUCCCCAAGUGUAUCUCUAACUUCUUUUACUUUUUUUCAAGCAUCUUACUCACAAGGGUCACUUUCAGAGAUACAUUUCAUUACUGUGUGCAAUAUUGUAUGUGCCAAUGGUGGCAAUAUAUGUAUUCAGAUUAAAUGUAAUAUUAAUAUCUAAAAGCAUGAGGCUGAAUCCUACCUUAUUUUUGUUCUCUAAGGAAGCAAAGCCUUUAUUUGUCUUUGAUUUUUUUUUUUAAUAAAAAAGGCCAAGAUUUUAAGAUAGCAAAUUAUGUUCCCAUAAUCCCUGGCUGUGGCUCGCCUGGCCUGGACGAGGCGGAGCAUGCUCGAACACAUCGAGGUGAGCGAGCAAGAUGGCCGCACCUCCGCCAUCUCCCACCUCCGCUGGGGACCCUGUACGAAGUUUUGCUGUGCCUUGCGUUGGAAACGGGCCCCGUGUGGACGGCACAAAAGUUUCAUGGGUGUCGCUGCCUCGACUCACAGUGGUACACAUAAGGACCAAUUCCCGGAAAGCCGACUUCUGUCUCUUGUUUGAGAUCCUUCCAGAAGUUUGUUUUUGUGCUCCUCGGUCCGGGGGCUAACGUACCAAUUUUAUUUCCCUUGAGGUCAGAGCUACCAGCAUAAAGCUUUCUGUCCGGGGCAAGGCAUCUGACCACAGGUUUGGGUCCCAAAAGAACAAACUGUUUCCGAGACGUUUUGGCUACGACCAGAGAAAGCAGCGGUCCACUGUGAGCAGCUCCCUCAGCAGUGCGCUGCAGUACUGCAGCAUUGGCUCUAGGGGGAGAUAAAGCCCAGCCAAGUAUUCACAGCCUUUUCAAACAGUGCCUAUUCAGCAGUUUCUUGUCUAGCCGAUUUGCGUGGGUUUCAGAACAAGGUUCGCUGAAUAACUUAUUCAGUAAUUAGGCUCGCUCAUAUACUGUAUGAUUUCAAGUACGUUCUAUACAGUUGAAUAUUAAUUCUGUUUAGGAAAGACAUUAUUUUCAGUUUUACUUUUUUAUUUUUUUUUGCCCCCCCCAAUUUUCUUUCACCCUGUGUCCCGUUCUGAAGGAGAGAUGGCCCAUGAGAGUGUGAAAGGGGCGAGACGCAACGGCCAUGUGAAAUAUUUCCUUCGUUAAAACGCGUCCUGUUUAUAGAUUUGUAGGCAGGUUAUAGGUUUAUGUUUUUUUUGGGGGUUUUUUUUGAAGAGUGUAUAGAAUCAUUUAUUAUCAUUUGUGACGUGGUCACAGAGGACCAAGUAAAGCUUACUGCUAUGCCUAAGCUAUCCGUGGGUUCGGGUUUAUGAAGUGCAGCAACGGCACUCCCCCGAGCAGCGCUGUUGCUAUGGGGAUGACGUGUGCGCGGUUUUGCCCUGUUUUUUGAGCGAGACGCCUAGCGCGUCGCCCGAUCUCUGGGUGAAAAGCGCGCGCGCGUGCGUGCGUUGCCUGGGCUGAGACGCUACCUGUGUGCGGCGCUUACGGUUUAGCGAUCCCUGGGGGGGCCGGACAGAGGGGGCCGGCGGUACGGCUGAACGGCGGCCAAAUGAGACGUAGGCGAAAGUGUGUGUGGGCGCUUGUGUUCCUGGGGGAGGGCCGGAGUGGGUGCAGGUAUCUGUUCCACCAAAUAUCCCCCCCAGCUCAAGCUCAGCUCGUUUAGACGCAUCCAAUACAACAACGGCGUUUGGAGAUUAGCCUAAACCACAGCAAAAUGUCUCACGGUUGGGACACAGGAACGGCAAUCGACUGCCAUACGAGAAAUGUGUGUCGCGAAGACGUUAGCUCAAGUAAACGUUGGGCUUUUUUAAAGCGGAAGUUGGCAUGAGAUCCAGAUGUGUCCCUCUCCUCACCCACGGCGGAGUUGGCGGUUAGCCCCGUAGGAAAGCCAGCCACUUUUUUGUGAAUCUUGUUGGCGAGACUUUGGGGAGGGCUGCCCUGUAAGUCAGACACUCACGAGCUGACCCGUGUCUCUGUUGCACUAAAUCUUCAUUUCUCUCGAGAGCUUUCAUGGGGACAUCAAAUUAAACGUUGAAUCUCUGAGCGCCUUUAGCCGCUAAGCUAAGGCCCUCACUUUCUGUCUGCUUUCUGUUACCUUUUUUAAAAAGGAUUUUUUUCUCUCUUUUAAUGUGCAGGGGGUAUUGAAUAAGAUAUUAGCGUUAUUAUUUGUAACAGUCAGACAUUUAAAAUAUUCUUGCUUGAAUGUGUUUUUUUUUUUUUUGGUUUUUUUUUGGAGUGUCAGUUCAAGGAUGGCUAUUUGGGUUUCCUCUUCACCCAUCUCAUUUCAUCGGAUUUGCUUUUCUUAUUUCACCAGUUUUUAAAUUAUUUUUUUCUUUAAUCUUUGACUGUUGAAGUUUCAGAGGCUUUUGGUCUUUAGUGCAGACUGAUGCUUUGAUGCUUUCAUGCUUUUGAUCAGUGACACUCAGACCUCUCGUGUGGCCCUACCCCCUCUCUGUAGCUGUCCGCGACAGGGGCCAAAAAACACGAACCCACAGUUUGCAGUUCUUUUCACGUGAAAGGUAUGCACGUGUAUGCGUGCAUGCGUAGGUGUAUGCGUGCACGCACGCGUCUGUAUGCAUACGUUUGCGUGAUUGUCGGUACGGUUGGGCCAGUGUCAGAGCAGAGCGUUCAUAUUGUGAACUGAAAGCACUAUGUGAUAUAGAAUGAUGUUGUUGGCAUGGAUACAGCAGAUGUAUGCACCUCACAUAACCGAUGACGUCGUUUGCAGUCUUCUGUGGCUAUUUCCUCAGCACAUUCUGAGAUUCUUUUUUUUUUUAUGCCACUCGUAAAUAUACCCACAGAUAACUGCUUACCAGUAUUGCAGUUAAACUCACUUUGACUGUUACAUUACAAAUGUGUGUAUUUACUAGUAAAUCCCUAUUGGUUAUAUUAGUCCAAGUGAUCUGACAUUAAGUCUUGGAACCAGCCAGUUAGCGGCAAGUAGAAUUCUCUGGCCAAAGACAGAUUUUUUUUUUUUUUACAUUGUGAACUGCAACUACAGCCUAUAUCAUAUGAAAAAACUUGAUACAUAUUGCACAGCCCACCAGUCCCACAACCUGUUGCUUAGCCAGCUAUAGCCUUUCAUUAAGAAGUACUGCCACGUCGGUUUUAUACUGAACAGCCAGCUGUAAAAGAAUUGCUGUGUUCUCUGCCACGCUAAAACAUCUCGCUGUUUAAUGCCAUGCUUUGUGGAAAACUCCACUGAAGGAAGUGACAUAAGAGGCGGCUCCUCCCCCAAUCAUUUGCCUGCUUCCUGUACGCAAUGUCACCUGUGCAGCCACCCGCUGCUCAGUAAUAAUAAAAGUCAGACGACAGUCACAACAGUGCUGCUGCAUCGGCUUUUUCUUUUCUCUUUCCGGCAGAACUGAACACAACAUUUAUUUGAUUACUCUUUAGGCAGAGGGUCACCUUCCUCUCUUCCUCUGAUAAUCAGUCUAAACGAGUUUUAUCAUCCCCUCCCCCUUUCCCCAAAAACAUUAGACAAACCACUUGCAGCUGUGCUGUAGGUUUGGAGUACUGUCACAUAUUCCCCUGCCCGAUUACAGCACAAAACUGACCUCCGUUUAGCUGGCUUCUGAUUGGGCACGUUGUGGAGCAGUGACCCUUCCAGUUGGAGUGGGCUCAUAACACCGGUAGUGUUGAGUAGUUCUCACUACCUCAGGUGUAGGCUAAGGUGUGGGAUUGUUGGACAGGACAUAGGCUAGUAGGGGGAGAAAAAAAUGUAUUGAGAUCUAUUCUCAGUCCAGCCUCUGUGAAGUGCAAUCUUAGAACACCAGAAAAAAAUGGCAGUACCUGCUGACGUGACUGUGACAGAAAUUAGGAAGCCACAGUUCAGUUUUUAUCAUUUUUACAAUACAACUUAAGACACAAAUCGAAUCUGGCUUUUAACUUGUUCCCACACAUGAGCAACAGAAGUCUGAGCAUCACUGAUCGAGCACAGUUUAAAGUAUGUGUGGAACCUGGAGAAUAGUUUGCCUCAACCUGAUGUGGGCCUACCGCUCAGCCAAUCACAGCACUGUGGGCGUGUCUUAUUCCAAACUUUCCUUUUGUGUUUCUGGAAAUAAACAGUGUCUUUAGAUAGUACAUUUAAGGAGACCUGCAACUGCCCGUCUGCCGUUUCCCUGGCAACCUUUUUGCUGAUUUGCGAUGUGCUCGCUACCUGCAUGAAAGAUGCAAAUGAGAUGGGGGGGGGGGGGGGGGUUACCUGUAAUAAUCAUAAACAGCUAUGUAUGGGCACAAAAGCAAGCUGUUGAAAAUGGAAAAAGGAAAUACAAAUUACACUUUUUCCCCUCCAUCUGAGGGGGUUGUACACAGAUUGUAGAAUAGUAGUUCUUUGUCUGAAUAAUCCUGUUUUAAUAUGUGUUAUGCUGCCUGGCUCAAUGAAAAGAAUAAUUACAGAUGUUAACAAAUGUAGACCUAUUGUUUCUUAACUAUUGUCACUUUAAAAGGUGCUACUGUUUCUUUGGUGCUGUGUUGCAGUUGGGUUUUGUAAACAGCUGAAGGUGAUCUGUUAAUAUAAAGGAUUAUAUAUAAUAUAAAAUCUGCAUACGCACGUCUUUGUGCUGUCUUCUUGUGCCUUCUAAAGGCCAAUUCCAGAGUAAUGGGUGGUUGAAAACUUAUGAAGAGAUCUCACACAACUGUUACCGAAUAAUCUACGACCUUUUCAGACGAAUCACAGAAAAUACGAACAUCGCACCGGAGUAUCGAACUAUAACCGUAGGCUUGCCUCCAUUAACCAUUCACUCCCCGGUGAACCGCAGUGAACCACGUCCAUUUCGUAAAUGCGAAGGACAAGGCAAUGUCGUUGGCGACAUACAAGCUAACAAAAGGCAAGUCUAUUAACGCCACGGCGCUGUUGCUCCCACGGCUAACUCUGGCGGGCGCGCUUACGCUCUCUCGUUCUCUCUCGUUACGAGUCGCUCCCGGGCGAGAGAACGCGCGCUAAACUCGCCCGCUAACCGGAGGUUAACGCAGCGUCUACGGCCAACGCGGCGGCCACGAGCUCAAGCUAACAAUCACUGUGGCGCGCCAGUGCGGAUGCUAAAGCAGAAGCCGCUGCUUAGUAACAGUGACCUGUUCUUACACAGGGGGGCGUCUCAGCUGCGGGACCGCCACAGUCCUGCACAUUGUUUUAUGUUUACCAUAAAAGGUUUAAAAAUAUCCGAUAGACCAUGAGCGUGUGGUCACCUGCACUAGUUUAGUCUCUGAAACGGCCAUUUUCCAGUUACGUAAUGGAAGGAAGGGUCGGACAGGAGGGAGACCGAUGCAUCUGUCGCACUCCACUACCAAGUUUCAGUUGGUAUCCCAGAACGCCAAGCGGUUGGCUGGCUGAAUUGGUCUGUAUGCCUCUCUUGGAUGGCGCGGAACUCCUUACAGAUUCAACUGAAGAUGGAGUCUAACUCCAUACAUUGACCAUGGAUCGGUUUUCUCUGUUUUCUCACAUGGUGGUUGGUAAUUGGAUUAGGACUGGCUGAACUGUUCUGGGAUUGGUGGGUGGUGGUUGAUGAUUGGAUUAGGAUUGGCUAAAACCGUUCUGGGAUCUGUUCCCCUCCAACCCACCGAUAUUGGACUGGACUGGUAUGGACUGCUAAUCCUACAGGUCAGGGGUUUUGGGUGGAAGUCAAUGGAGGACAGGUGUUCUGGGCUCACCCAUUGUAAAUCAGAGAGCCCAGAACAGACUCGUCUUCCACGUGAUUUACAAACGGAAAAGGGCAGCGGAUUCUGUGCCAAAUUCCUGUAUGCACCUGUGGUCACACAGGUGCAUGCAUGCAUGUAUGUGUGCGUGCAGAGCAUCAUAGGACACAUGGCUCAAGGCACAAGGAGAACACUGACCAAUCCUGACGCAGCGUGCACCAGCCCCUCCCCCUUUUCCUUUUACGAAUCACACUGGAAGUCUCAAGACUUCUGACCUGAGGUGUGAUAGGGUUUUGCUCGUGUGCGUUGUUCACCUCGAUGAACAAAUCAAAAGUAUACUGGAAAAAAACUUAAAUAUUGUAGUUAUUUUUUCCUUAGUAUUUUGUACUCACAGAGAGAGCUGAAAACAGGUGGAUAAAUACUUGCACUUUAAUAUAUUAAGAAAAUACUGCAUAUUAUUUUUGAUAGGGGAUCUUACAUUCAAACUAUAGAAAAUACACUUUCCAGGCUUUGUCUCAUUGCUGUUGGACAGGAAUAUAUCAAGCUCUUCUACUUUCUGAAGUGUAUUGUCUGUGUUCUGAAAGGUUUAUUAAAGUAACUUGCAUGAUGUAGUAACAGUGUUCCAACUGUAAUUAUUUUUAGUUGGCAAAAAAAGAAAAAAAAACAUUGUCAGACUAAAACUGUGAUGAUAACUCCAUGUAUUCAUGCUUUACUUCAGUCAUACAUUCUAAAGCACUUCUUGAUGAUUAUUGCCUUUCCCAAAAUGAAUAUGGUGCUCAAAUUGGCUUAGAAACCCUUCCGUCUUCACGAAUACCUUCAUCCUUCCGUCUGUGUGUUCCUUGCUGUUUUCUGUGUUUUCACAGCCUUAUUAAAUUUUCUUUAAAACUUUGACGGUACCAAGUGUGUUUUUGUAAAUAGAUUUUAAGUUUCAAAGCAUUUUUUUCGUCUGAAAAUGACUAAUAAUUGCAAUAAAAAGUUCAUUUCACCCAGA